UUCCAAUUUCUCCUUAAAUUAAUAUCACUUGAUAAAAAUGCAUAGAAAAAAUAAGUAACGUACAGUAAUUAAGUUCAUUGAUGUCACACAUUAAAUGUUAAAUGUAAUAAAGUGAUAAAUACUAUUAGCAAAAUCAAUUUCAAGACAUUAUCAGAUGGGAUGAGGAUGGAGUUAAAAUUAAAAUUCUCGAUAGGGAACUAUUAUAAGAAUUAGUUCUACCUAAAUAUUUUAAACACGCCAAAUACUCAAGUUUCUUAAGGUUUUUGUAGCAAUUGGCAUUUUUAGAUAACUCAAUAUGUAUGGAUUUACGAGUAGUAAGGAUCAAUAUGGAGCUCUAACAUACUAUCAUCCAUGUUUUGCAAAAUAAAAAGUAUUAAUGAGGAACAUUGUUAAAAAAAAACAUCAAAAAUAAAUUAUUAGAGAUACUAGUAUUUUUGGUGUGGAAUAGUCUGAAUUAAAUAAUUAAAUUUAAGCACUUUAAUUUGAAUAAGUAAAAAUUUAAUAGAACCUCUUGUCCUCAAUUGAAUAUUAAAUUAAAAUUAAAAAUAGUAUUUUACUAUUUCUACAAGUAAAAUAUUUCUUAAAUAUUUAAGACUAAACUUUCUCUAGCAAGAGAAGGUGAAAAGAACUGUAGAUUAUUCAUUGAUAGUGUUCGCAUUUUAGUAAAAGGUAUGAAAUCUGAGUCAUGUACUAAAAUUUAAUAUGUUUAGAGAAUGCAUUUCAACUAUUAUUCAAAGAAUUGUUCCCAUAAUUCAAGUAAGAAGAUCCAUAAUAGAAUUAAAUUAUAAGUGAGAUCGAAGAAUAAAGUAACCAAUAUUUAUUUUCUCCUACGCCUUUAGGAAAAUUUGAUUUUGAUUAGGAAGAUAUAUCUUUUCCUCAAAUGCCAUAAGAAUUGGAAUUUUCAGGUUUUGGAUUUGAACUUUGA